GCUAGAUUGAACGGAGAACACAUGUGUUAAAACUACUUUCUCCGUGCACACAGUGAAACUUCAGUACUGCACAGGCAGGAGGGAUGAGAAGGAUAGUUCACUUGCUCUCCUAGUUCUCUUAGUUCUUAUACUGAUAUUGGAUCCAGUAGCGAGGAAUGGGGGUUGAGGAGAUAGAAACUGGGGAACCGAGGCGAGCGGAGAGAAAAGCUAAAACAAAAGGAAUUCUCAAAAAUUCCGGAGAAACCAAGAAAUCUCGCAAACAUCAUUCCAACCAUGGAAAACAUGUGGAGAUCAACCUAGAGCAGUCGGAGAGAAAGCAUAGAUCCAGGAAGCAUCGGGACGAGAACCGCGACUUCGGGAUCUAUGAUACUCCGAAGGGAAGUACUGUCAAGUGGAAAGAGGAUUUGAAUGCCGCGUAUGAAAGAUCUCGACAGAGAAGUCUGGAAAGAUCUGUUUCUGCGGUCAACCGGACCAUUGUUACAGAUGAUGACGAGGCCUUCUACGAGAACCUCGUGUUCCUUGAGACUUCGAGGUCGAGUAGUGUACACGUGGAACAAGUGUACGAUGUGCCGCGUUCAAAUUCGGAAGCGCUUUAUUUCAAUCAGAAUUUCGAAGACGACCUGCAAACCUACGAUACACCGAAAACCGGGAAAUCAGAGAUUUUGGAACUAGAUUACUUCCAGAGUGAUUAUGAUGUCCCUAAGACCAGAGACCAUAUUCUUCCCCCAAUAGAAGAGGAGAACCCAGAUUAUGAUACAUUAAGAGGUAUAUCGGUGGGAGCAGAUCAGGAUAAUAUUUAUGAAAACCAAGAUUAUAGACAGAAUGAGACUGAACCUAUCUACAUGAACGAACUCAGUGAUGACAAAAGCUCUGGAUAUAGAAGUUCUCCGUCCUUGCAUAGUGAUGAUACCCAACCUUCCUCUCCGUCCAGCGGAGAUAUGUUUGGUAGUGUUGAGGACGUAUGUAUCAAGGAUACGGAGAACAUGAUGAACCUGAGAAAGAUAUUCUCGUCCAAGGAUAAGGAGUUUCCCGAAAGACAUGAUGUAGCAGUAGACACGUCAAACACCUUGGAGCGACAAUAUCAGGAGAUUAACAGAAACAAAAAUAGAAUUAAGGAGAAAGUGAAAGAAAAAGAUAAGUUUAAGGAGAGUGUAACGGAGAAAGUGAAAGAAAAAGAUAGAUUUAAGGAGAAUGUAACGGAGAAAGUGAAAGAAAGUAUCAAGCCCCUAAGAACAAUUGAGAAACAAACAAAUGAACACAUGCACAUUGAAUUUGAAGAAUUUGAUCCUGAGAACUCUCUGACCCGGAAUAUAAUUUCGACAGAAUACAAGAACGGAUUUAAGAAAGAAGAAAUAAAAAACAAGAAGAACGAACGUCAACAGAAAGGAUCCAGCAGUUUAUUCAACCUGAGACAAACUUUCAGCCGGAGUGAAUCAGAUCUAUUGAGACCAAGUGUGGAACCCGUCCGAAAGAGGAAUCCGUCCGUCUUCGACCUAAACUCUCCGAUCAACUCAACCCUGAAAAAGAGUACUCCCACCCGGACACAAACUGAAGAGAUGAAUGAAGAUAUUUCUCUUGCUCCGACCCAACCUAACCGAAGAAGGAAGGAUACCGUUGAUCAAAUAAAACUACGGUUUGAAAGUAUUGCAGCCGUGAAAAACUCCGAAGUUUUUGAAUCUCGGAAAUCUAUGAAAAAACCUGAAAAGAUGGAGUACCAAGAAUCAAUACCAAGUAUUCCUUCCGUCCCAGUUCAACCAGUGAAUACAGCAGCAGUGAGUAAGGAUGCUAAGGAUAGAGAUAGAUCGGUUGAUGUUUAUCAUGAAACUAUUCGACAAAGAACUGUCAAGGAAAAAACUCAAAUAUCUGCUGAUCUGUUUAAAUAUCAAUCAACCAAAACUACUCCAGUCCCAAAUCCCAAUCCUAUAUCAUCUAAACCUACUCCAGUCCCAGCUCUCAAUCCUGUAUCAAACAAACCUACUCCAGUCCCAACUCCAAAUCAUGUAUCCCCAGACACAGAUGAAACGGGUUUACCGUCAGUAAGAAAACUCCUUGCAAGGUUUGAGACAGGAAAACCCAGUUCAACCCCAGCUCCGGAGCGCACCAAAACCGCGUCCCGAGUUUCUACAGAAGAGAAACCUUCCAGGAUCCCACCCCAAUUCAAAAACCAGCAGGUUAGGACGGAAACGAGGAAGAUUGCUCCGACUGUAGGAGUAGAUAACCUUGAGAGUCCUCCUCUUGUUUACAAAACAGGGAAGCAGGAAACAAAUGCUCACAAGGAUGAUUCAAAAUGGGAUCCCGAAGUUUUUGUGAAAAGUUUAUACAACCUUCCUGCUCUAGAUGAACCCCACCUGAGCGGAGAUGAUGGUCCCGUCUCCCUGGACAGUUCCCAGUCCUGUCCCUCUAUAGAAGGGUACAUGGAGAAACUGCCUGCUGGUAGAAAACGUCCAACGCUAUGGAACAGUUGGAAAAAACAUUAUUUUGUUGCGAGGAAUGGAAUUCUUCAUAUUUACUCCAACAAGGCUCAGACGGAGCUACUUGAGAAGCUGGAACUGUUUGGAGGACAGGUCGACUUCAUGGAUUCAAGUAUGCUGGGGAUUGAGGAUAGAAAAGGACAAUAUGUUGUUGUACGAUGUGCUUCUCAUAUAGCAACCCAGGAAUGGGAAUCUGCACUUUCCUUCCAUACUCUGGAGAACUAUGCAAAGACAUUUAUCUCUCCUCAUCCUAUACCUAGAGAUAUUAAAACCAUGUCUAAUAUAAUAGUAGUUGAUCUAGGUGGAGCCUCUAUCCGAGCAGGAAUAUGCGGACCCACACCAUACCUACCUAGACUUUUCUUCCCAAGUUUAAUGGCCGUUAACCCUGCAUCUUCACAAGAGAAAUAUUUUGGAUUUGACGCCUUGAAACCUGAAAUUAGAUCUAAAUGUAACAUAUAUUCUCCACUGUUACCCUCCAAAAAUAUAGAUAAAUACUCUGUUGAUCUAGUUGCACUUUGUGGAUUCCUUCUCAAAGUUUUCCAGGAUCUUAGAGUUGAUCCAAAAAGAUCCGAACUUCAGCUCAGUGUUCCACGAAACUUUAAUGAUAAAACCAAGAUUGCGAUUGCAUCCCUGCUCUUUGACGAGUUUGAAGUUAAAUCUGUAAACAUGGGUCAUCAGUCGGUCUUCACCCUUCACUCCUACAAUACAGAUACUGGUAUAGUUGUAGAUAUAGGAGAGAGGAUGGAAAUAGUUCCUAUAGUAUCCGGAUAUAAGGUUCAGUCUGGGCUCUCCAGGGCUGCAACAGGAGGGAUGGAGAUGUGUAAUCAUAUGACUCAGGCCCUGCUUGGACGGAACUAUUCUCUCACAGCUCAUCUAGAUACUUACAUUGUGAGACAGGUUGUAGAGAGGCUGUGUUAUGUGUCAAGAAGCUUUGAAACUGAGAUGGAGAACUUUAAAGGAGAAGAGAAGUCCUUGAACCUAAGUGAAGGGAGCAGGAUAUCUUCGGUUACACUAGGUCCAGAAAGAUUUCAGAUAACAGAAGGAAUAUUUAAACCUGAAGGCUGGGGGCUGGACCAGGACGGAGUACACUUACUGGUAAAGAAAGCCAUCUCCGAGUGCAGUGUUGAUGUGAGGAAGCAGGUUUCUCAGUCUAUAUUCCUGGGUGGAGGACUAACUCUAGUUCCUGGGUUCAAACAUAGGCUGGAGCUAGAGCUAACCAAACUACUUCCGGUUCGUCCUCGAGUCCAUGCGUCUCCGUAUAGGUACCACGCGGCAUUUCUUGGCGCUUGCGCACAUGCAACUUCUAAGGAUUAUGAGCGUACGAGGAUAACAAGAGCACAGUGGCAGGCGCGUAAUGUUGAUGUAGCUAAAUCCUGGGUUCUUUGAGAAGAAGAAGAAAACUCCUAACAAUUCUUCUUCCAACAUUGUUCAAAUGUUUGAAACUGUUCUGAACCUUGGUUCAAAUAUAAAGUUAAAAUGGCGACUUCAGAGUUGUAAUUAAUUGUUACUUAGUCCUUUCAUUUACUCAUUGUUAAUAAAGGGAAUAUUCCCGGCCUCUUCCUUUACAAGAAAUCCCUCCCCCCCUAAACCCACAAAUUGUUUCCCCCAGAUUUGAGACCUAAAUUAAAAUGUAUAACAUAUGUAUUUUUAAAACUGUAUAAUGUAAUUUUUUUGGCUAUUAAUAUUUACUGGUCAAGGGAUAGUGCAAUACAAACAUAAUUUUUGUGAUAAAAGUAGUUUUAAUUUUAAUAAAAUAAUCUUAAAUUC